AUAGACUUACCUGUAAACGAUCCUUACACUUUGUCCUGCACCUUCCUGUGUUCCUCCCUUUGCCUGUCACAGGUGAUCUCACCGAGAACCCUCCCACUGCACUGUCCUUACCGGAAGGAAUACACAGAGACACAGGUAAGAGAUAGGGGGCUUAGGUAAUCAGUCAAUCAAUCAAUCAAUCAAUCAGGUAUUUCCAGAUGUACCAGCAUGUCACGUAGGAACUUGUGUAAUUUAUAAACAGCUCAGCUCAGCAGUGAAUUAAGGAAUAGGGGGGGAAACACACUGAUACAGACUGAGCAUUAUAACUAUACGCUCUAAAGCCCACAAAAUCUUAUUUUAUAAGAUUGGCGGUUUAAAUGUUUCAGUUCAGUUCUGCAAAAUUCUGCACAAUCCCAUUCUCACGCUGUAAGGUUCCACUAUGGGAAUCAUGGGGGUUAAUUGUAAAGAGUAAAUCUGGGGCAAAGUUCUAAAGUGGAGCUAUCACCAUGGAGACCAAUGGAAUGUCCCCCCUGAAGGCGCUACUUUUAGAAUUUUGCCCCAGAAUCCCUCUUUAUACAUAGCGCCCUUUGUGCUCACUACCCUACGCAAACAUGUCAGCACAAGGGUGUGUAAUGGGGAUGUAUGUAACAUAAUCCUGUCUACACUUCCUCUGUGUAUGUUCGAUAGAUAGACAGAGGGACAAUCCAGUCUAAAUAUAUACAUUUUAGUGAUUAAAAAAGUGUAAAUGCAACAUAACACAUUAACUUUUUUAAAUCACUAAACUGAACACGAUUCGUUUACGAUUCUUUCUAAGAUUUUUUUGAAAAAAUUCGCCUUCAACGGUGUUCUGUCACGUUUCAUUUUUUUUAUUUUGCUGUACAUUUGAGUGUUAUUCAUAUUUUGUUGGGGCAUCCCUCGUAGUUAUCUUAUUAAAGUGCACCCAUCGAGACUAACAUGACGGGGUUAAACUGGUAAUAUUGUGGCAGACACUUCUUUAGCAGGUGGAAGGCAGUUGAACUUUAUGUUACAAACCUGCUUCACUGAACAAGUGUGGUCUUAUUGACAUUGGGUUUUGAUUGCCAGUGGAGCAGUGUACAGAGGAAUUAUCAGUCCAGGGAUAGGCAACGUUUGGCACUCCAGAUGAUGUGGACUACAUCCCCCAUAAUGCUCUUACACCUAUAAUGCUGGCAAAGCAUCACGGGAGGUGUAGUCCAAAACAUCUGGAGUGCCGAAGGUUGCCUAUGCCUGGUAUAGUCCAUACAACUGUAUAUAGCCUUACAUCACUGUCUGUUUCUGUAAUUUGCUGUGGGUCUCCAUAAAUAGCAGAGAUUAACACAUACAUUUCACUUUAAACACUACUUGUAUAGUAACGUCUUUUUAAAUCAGCUGCUGGUUCUCUAGAAUCCACCAGCUGUUUCAACCGCUGGCUCUUUCUUUCUCCUGCUGUGUACAACUUACCCUUCUCCAGCGUAUACAAGCAGUAACCCCUUAUAUGGCUGGCUGUCAGUGCUCCCCAGUGUAUACAGCCUUGUAUAGAGGGUGCCCUUUAAAUCGACAGGCAGUGGGCCUAAGAGCUAUAUAAGGCAGAAUAUCCUGCAUUUGGGUCUGGAUAUGUGUAUCCCAGAGAUCUGACAUCCUCCUCAAAUUCCUUUGCCUUGUAUGGCCAAAUCCCAAGCGGGAGGGAAGCCUAGGAGGGGAGGAAAGCCAUUCCCUAUUGGCUGUCCUCCUUCUUUGCUUUUAGUAUCCUGUGAAAGCUAAAUCAGACCUUUCCCGUGUCCUGAAAGACAUAGGAGAGCUCUGAGGUUCACAGUUUUACUCCUGAACAGGUAAGAGGGUUGCAUCCUGCACCCAUAUAGACUUUACAACUGCACUGACUGUACACUACAUCCUGCUCCUAAUGCAUAUCUGCCCCACCCAGACUGUCUUCCUAUCUGUUCUACAACACACACCCUAUAUGAUCUUUGGACUUUUCAUAGCUCACCUAACACUCUUUAACUCUUUGAAUGACAGAGGCGUGCCCAUAAGUAUUGCAAAGCAAGUGAGUUAUUAUCGGUCGCAUUUCAGGUAAUUUAGAACUUUUCGCAGUUUAAUAAUUUGAUCCCUUUAGAUUGUAAGCUUACAAUCUAUUUAGCUGUGUACUUUGUAUAAAUGGGCUUUAAAUGUUAGAUCUCAGCUUAAGGGCAGGAUCCUCUAUUCCUUCUCUGUUGGAUUGUGUAUCUAUAUUGUACUGUGUGUUAGCUCUGUAUUUUUGUACAGCGCUGCAGAAUACGUUGGCACUUUAUAAAUACCGAUAAUAAAAAUCAUUUCUUAAAUAUCUCUAAUGGAACAAAACAGGGUUGGCCUUAAAUCGUCAAUAUUUGGAGGCCUCUAGGAACUGGGCUAAGAGGUAUACAAAGUAGUAUAUGCUGUAAAAUAUAGAAUUAAUUACACAUAUGGUAAAUUUAGAGUUUCUGAAUUCACUUUAAAUGCUAUUUAUUUGUGUUUAUCACUACUGUCAACAGGGCCCAGGAAGGGGGAACUAUCCCUUUAUUUAGCAGUCCUGUAAAAUAUUCCUUUCUUUAAAAAGCGCACUGCACCAUUGAAUAAAAAGUUUGAAAAUGACCUCUAACUUGUAUUCAUUAAUUACAUUUUUAUUUUAUUUUAUGAUGCAUUUUCUUUUAAAUUUUUAUUAAAGAUCUAGAAAAUUACAUCAUAAUCCAGUUCAGACAAGGCACAGCCAGGGCAAUCAUUGCAGAUGAGGAGGAGAAAUAGAUACAUUGAUUCAUUUAGCCUCUUCUCUGUAUGCUUGCUUUAUGAUGACUACCAGGUGCAUAAGAUAUAUUUACUUCAAUAACUGAUAGGGAACUAAGAUGGAGGCACCCACAUACGGGAAAAAGAGUGCGAAUUUUAACAUAAAAUUUUAUAUUUUACUCCUCAAAAAGUCAUAAUUAUUAAAUAUAAGUAAAGGGAUAUAGGUAAAGGGAUGAUUAAAAACAAAAUAUUACAAAGUGUCAGUCCCCUAUUAAUUAAUUUAACCUGAUGCUACUAUACCUUGAUAUCAAAACACAAUGUUUCCUAUGUACGUCAUUGAGCUACGCAGACGUGCUUAUCUGUCAACGGAACAGAAAGGGGACCAUUACACCAUAUCUGCUAAAUAUUUUAUACCGUCUGAACAAGAUACAUUUGCCUCUGUAUUUAGUGUAGGUUUUCUGGUUCCGACUUUAUAAUACACUGAUAACCUGUAUAUUUUUUGUUUAUAUUCUGUAGGCUAAAGGCAGGUACCAUUUGCAUUGUAGAAAGGAUGUUUACAAUUUUAUUAUAAAUAUUUAUUAACGAGAGUCUGACUGUGUCAGUACAUAUCCAUGUGUUUUUGGGGGGGUUGAAUCGGAAUCUUGGGAUACUUGGCUACAUUCUUUGUGCUACAAGGUUUCUAACUGGAUUUUAUUUUUUGCCCUGAUUUGAUGAUAAAUCAAUUGGUUACUUUUAUACUGUUACUGUUAUAACCGAUGAAAUGCUACAUAAGGGUCAUAGCUGUUAAACUGUUAAUAAUGGGUCACCUUGUUUAAAGUUUUGCCCAGUCUAGUUCUGAUUAGAUGAUAGUAAUAUGGGUACGGACAAGGGUCAUAUCCUAAAAUUGAUUUACAUUCAGAUUAAUUUUUGACAUUCAAGGUGCUGUGAACUGUUUCUCAUCCUGAUUAGACCAUUAAAUUACUUGCUUUGCAUUAUGGGAAAUAUAACCUAGAGCUGCUAGCGGGCCCAAGGUUUGCUAUCAUUGCCAUGUGUGUUCUUAAAAAUGAUUAGAUCUGUUUUUUUUUUUUACAUAUGUGAUAUUCGUACAAAAGAAAGGUCAGCCCAUAUUGCUGUGGGACUACUAUUCCCAUGAUGCGUAGUAUUAGCACCAAAAACCUGGAAUAAACUUGUGGCAGCUCUAGUGCAAUAAUAACUGGCAGUGGGUACGAUGAGUAAAUGGCUGUCUGAUUUUGGCAGUUGUAGGCCCAAAUGAUGGACGGCUGUAUGCUACCUAUAUAGGUUAUAGAACGAUGUGUCCUGGCCUUCAAAAUAAGAAAAUGUCCCCAAAAGUAUAAACAAAGCGACAUAUCAGUUUGGUCAUCAUAUAAAUCUUGAGAAUUUGUUUAAGAGUUUGGUGCCAUCAGAAUCGUCACUAUACGGCAGGCUACCAGUUUCUACAAAAGACAGAAAUUCUUAAAUCAACAUUUACAAACUAUACGGAAUAGAUUUCUCCGGAGAAUUCAAUAUAUAACUUGGUACGUAAAACACAAGAUUUGUCUAAUAGCCGCAAGCUUGUGAACGUAGAAUGAAGGAAAUACGAGAUCACAAUCUAUUAGCCUAGUUGGAGGUAGGCUAAUCACAUUAUUAAUUCCUUCAUGGACUCUUAAAAAGUAGCAUACUUAAGGACAGCACUGGAUAGCAUGAUUGCAGAUCAUUCUAUGUUUUAAGGUCAUAGCCCUAUGUGUGUUUUGCAAUAGCAGUUCCUCUGAAUAAAUUAAAUACCUCCCAAGUGUCCCUAUAUAGUUGGGACAGUCUCUAUUUUCAUCUGUUUCUCUUUUCUAUACUAAUGUUCCUCUUUUCUGGGAGCUCCAUAUUGUUGGUGUGUCUGAGUGUAUAACAGAGCCCCAUGGCAAUAAUACUCCCAGUAAUGUGUCUUUAAACUACAAUAAAUGUGUUUAGAAAUCAGUCUGUGUGAAUAAGAUACAUUGUUCAGGAGCCCUGUAUUUCACCAGAUCAUAUGAAAAUAAUUUGACAUAAACUGGAAAGACAGCGCCCAAAGAUUUAAUAUUUCACUGGGACGUGACAUUCUUAUUCGCAAUACAGUAACGUGUUUGAGCAAUCCUUAUUGGAAAUCUCACAGUCACUGGCAGAAUAAUAAAUAUAAUAAACUAGUUUUGUUUAAAAGAUCGCUGCUGCUCAUCUAGGGAACAUGGUUAUUAUUGUCCCUAAAUACUGUCACCGAUUCCCUAUUCUUCACGACUUAUAUGGAAAUUAAUUUAUAUCUACAGGCAUUGUUCCAUAAGAGGAAAGGAACACAUCUGUCAGUUUAUUCCAACAGUCCACUUGUGUCUAAACACCUCCACAUCUGCUGUGUCUCACAUAGAAUGGGGCCCUUUGUAAUCCCACACACAUUCUCUCUCCUACAAACAGAUCCACACUGCAAACAAAGAGGAUUAUUCACUAAAUAAUAAAUAGUAUUGAAUUAACUGCCCCAUUCAGGACAAAAUAGCUGUUUGGGAAAUAAACACAAAGUAUCUUCUUUUGCACACACUAGGGUAAUUCAGCAGGCUAAAUAGUUAAUCGUGUGGCGGCUUGCCAGCGCUUGCUAGCCAGCUGCCAUAUUACAGUCAGAAAAAAAAUUAUUAAAGCAGUGAAAUUUACAAAGACCCCCGACGGUGACAUCACCGCUGGGAGUAUGGUGGCAAGGAAAGGUGAGUUCUUCUUACCUGAACCUGCCCCUCACUGGCAGCUCCAUCUUCCUCCGGCGGAUCCACAUUAGCCGACGUCGCUGCUGUGUGAGAGGACAGAAUUGUGGUCUAAGCGGGAUCCUCCACAAACACAUUCAAUUCCCUGCAGCCGUAACCUAUAACGGCUGUCGGGAUUGACUAAGAAAGUCGGGUGUAGGAAAAAUACUUAAGUAGUCCCUAGUAGUCACAAAUUGAUGAAAAAUGGAGAAAAGAAAGAGAGUAGGAAGAAGAAGGGAAGAGGAAGUAAUUGGUAAAAGGUAAAUAUGAAAUGACAUUGCUGCUUUAAAAAUAGCCUAUGGGGAUUAAAUGAACCAUAUAUUACUAUAAGAGCGGCUAUAAACUUCCCUAAUGCCAACACGUACUAUGCCGUGGGUGGGGGCAUAUCUACAGCCAUUGCUACCCAGUCGCUAGAAAGGUCCCAUCAUGGUGAUAGAGCCUAUAAAAUAACAAGGGGAUAUAGUGCCUACCAUGAACCAACUCGUGGGCAAAGAGCGGUGAACCACAAAUUAAAUAAUAAGAGUUGAACAAAUCACUGUCCACCACAUUGCACCCAGUGGUUGGCAGAUAUUAAAUUUAAAAAAAAACAACCCUGGGGACACAUCCUAAUGUCUCCCCCUGCUCCAGGCCGUGGCAAGCAAAAGGACUAUGUAUUAAAUUGGGAGACCUAGUGGUGUGUGUGUGUGCGCAUAUAAUUAAUAUGUCAGAACAGCUCUGCCCCUGGUCACACCUCCAUUCAAAGCUUCAGCAGUGCCCCGCGCAUGGUUCUAUUGCCCAGUCAUUUGCUGCAGAAAUCUGCCCAGCAAAUCUAAAGAUUGGUCCCAGGUACCCAGUUUUAGAGAGCCAGUACCCCAAAAUGCAGGACUGUCCUGGCAAAUUUUCGACUCUUUGCACCUAUGCUUUUGUUCACACACAAGCAUACUCCCUUACAUGUGCUUUUACAGACACUUUCUCUUUCAUGCAGAGACUGAACUCUCACACACAGCUUAUCUCAUGCACAGAAAUUCACUUUCAUUCAUAUAUAUAUUUUCUUCCCCAUUCACCAUGAUUCUUCUUUUCUUGCAUGGCCAUACAUAGGAGAAUAAACUUCCACCUCAGUUUUAAACACUCAGUGUUCAUCUCAUUUACAGACAUACACCCACUGCUUAUUGUAAAAAUGUAUGGCUCCUCUCUGACAGAGUAGCGCAUACCAUCCAACUCCUUCCUGGGCAGGUGCUCCCCUUUGUGACAAAACCAAUGAUUGGGUCAGUGGUUCAGCCACAAAGGAAAGCACCUGUUCAGAAAGGGGGUGGUAAGCCCGAAUUACUGGCAGGUCAGCCUGGUAAGAAUGCAUGCCAGUCUGCCUGCUAAUCAUCUAAGCCUGUCCACUGAGGGUAGACCCUGUUGGAAACACUGUUUCAGUCCUCUCUGCAAUGUCCCAGUGCUCUGAACAUAGCACAAGGCUGUCUAAUGAUGUGCUUGCUUGCGCUAUGCUUAUUGGGGGCAGUUCCCUGGUGUGUCCAAAAAUGGGACACAGAGGAACUAAGUUGGGGCGACUGGAUAGGACCAGAAAAUCUCAACUUGACAAAGACCGGGUAGGUCGAAACGUUGUUUUCCUGGCACUAUAUAGUCCUUAGGUCCCCCCCCCCCAACCCUCAGGGCCCCCCUACCGCUUAGUUGAAGGAAUUAAAACCCCUUCAGCCACUUGCCUUAAUCCAGCGGCGGGCUCCGGUCAACUCCCGAGUGGAGCGAAUGCACAUGCGAGGCCAGAGCCGUACGUCCAUUCAAACCGCCCAUAGGAAAGCAUUACUCAAUGCUUUCCUAUGGACAUUCUGCGUGCUCAAUGCGAUUUUCGCAUUGAGCGUCGUGGAAGUGCCACUAGAGGCUGGAUUCUCUGAAACUGCUAUGUUUACAGCUGCAGGGUUAAAAGCUGGGGGACCUGGCACCCAGACCACUUCAUUGAGCUGAAGUGGUCUGGGUGACUAUAGUAGUCCUUUAAGCAGGGAAAGGACUCCAGAUAGGUUUACACCAUAUUUUAACAUAAACACUUACAGAACUUACUAUCUAGCACUCUAACUAACAAAAUGUAGGCUAAGCCUGAACCAGAAGUGGAAAACUGGAGAAAAUAAUAUUGAAAUAGGCAUUGAAAUUCAUGUUUUAGUGUUUGCAGAUGACAAAACUUUGUAAAGUAAUAAAAUGUGAGCAGGAUAUUGCUUUGCAGGAGGGGGAUUUGGAUAGAUUGGGGGACUGGGCACUAAAAUGUCAGAUGAAAUUUAACGUAGAGAAAUGCAAAGUUAUGCACUUUGGGGUUAAGAAUGCACAAGCAAUUUACACCCUAUAUGGUAGUGAACUAGGGAUAACCACACACGAGAAGGAUUUGGGAAAUGUUAUAGACAACAAAUUAGGCAGCAAUAUGCAAUGUCAAUCUGCAGUUGCUAAGGCCAGUAAGGUUUUGUCAUGUAUAAAUAGGGGCAUAAAUUCUCAGGAUGAAAAUAUAAUUUGUCCGCUUUAUAAAUCGCUGGUAAGACCACACCUUGAAUAUGUUGUGAUAUUUUGGGCGUCUGUUCUAAAGAAAGAUAUCAUGGCACUAGAAAAAGUGCAGAGACGAGCUACAAAAUUGAUAAAAGGAAUGGAGCAUUUUAGUUACGAAGAAAGGUUAAAAAAAUUCAAUCUCUUUAAUUUGGAAAAACGGCGCCGGAAAGGGAAUAUAAUAACAUUAUACAAAUAUAUUUGGGGCCAGUACAAACCAUUGUCUGGAAAUCUAUUCAUAAACAGGGCCAUACAUAGGACACGAGGUCACACAUUUAGGCUGGAAGAAAGGAGAUUUCAUCUAAGGCAAAGAAAAGGUUUUUUUACAGUAAGAACAAUAAGGAUAUGGAAUUCUCUGCCUGAAGAGGUGGUUUUAUCAGAGUCCAUACAGAUGUUUAAACUGCAAUUGGAUAAAUACUUGCAAAAACAUAACAUAGAGGGAUAUAAUUUCUAAUUAGUGGGGUAAUAGCUACUUGAUCCAAUGAGACAUAUUACUGCUAUUUUGGGGUCAAGAAGGAAAUACAUUUUCCAUGAUGCUCAGAAAUCUUUAGGAAAAUAAUUAAAAUUUCCCUAUGGCUAAAACAGACAGAUUAGUUAAAAUAAAGUGUUUCAUUAACACAAAUAUGUCUAGUAUUAAGGUAUAGCCAAUGGUGGAGAAAUGUUCUAAGUAGGCAUGUGCACGGGAAAAAUUUUCGGUUUGGUUUGGCAUUCCGAAAUUCGGCACUUCGACACUUCAGAACUUCGGCACUUCGGAAUUUCGGAACGUCUCUUGCAGCCGCUUGGUAGAUAACUCCCUAAUUCCCACAGUAUUAGGGAGUUAUCUACCAAAAGGCUGAAAGACCUAAAUUGGUCUUUCAGCCAAAUUUACUAAUACUAAGUAAAAAUUUAAAUCUUAAUUAAACAGAACUUGCAAUAAAGAAAGCCUAAAUAGGUCUCUCUUUACAGGAAGUGUUUAUGGAAGGCUGUGCAAGUCACAUGCAGGGAUGUGUUACUAGGGUUCACAAACAAAGGGAUUUAACUCCCAAAAGGUAGAGGAAUGAGCAAUGAGGCUGCAGGGGCAUGUUCUAUACACCAAAACUGCUUCAUUAAGCUAAAGUUGUUCAGGUGACUAUAGUGUCCCUUUAAUUAAGAGGUCAGGAUCUGGUCACAUUCCAGUACAGGAGUUUACUGGGGUCAAAAUAUCACUCAAUAAUGUUUAUAUGUUGAAUUUGUUUGGUUUGGACAAUUUGUGCUUUGUUUCAGUUUUUUUGAGAUUUUUGGAACAAUCAUUUCAGCCUCCGAGAUAUCCUGCUUUAAAUCAGCCUCAAAUUAUAUUUUUCAGGCAUUGGCAAACCUAAUGUAAUUUCUAUUUUUAGUUUAAUAAGAUGUUCUGGUGAUUGAUAUUAGAUACAAUAUCUUUUUAAUCUAUGGGGAAAUAACUUCUGUAGAAUUUCCUUGUUCCAUGGCACACUGAAUGUUGUUGCAAAAUUUAAAGGAACACUCCAAACACUAUUGUGAACAAUUUGACAACUUACAUGGGGACCACCAGGUGCCAGGUUCAGACUCCUGUGGCCUUACCAUGGGAGGUAUCUAGUACCUGGUGGCCCCAGGUAAGUUAUCAAACUAUUUGAGUGUUUACCCUUCCAUGCUCCUUAAAGGACCACUAUAGUGCCAGGAAAACAUACUCGUUUUCCUGGCACUAUAGUGCCCUGAGGGUGCCCCCACCCUCAGGGUCCCCCUCCCACACGGCUUUGGAAGGGGGAAAGAGGUUAAAACUUACCUUUUUCCAGCGCUGGGCGGGAAGCUCUCCUCCUCCGAUCCUCCUCUUCUCUGAAACUGCUAUGUUUAUGAAAAAAUGGGUUAACCCUAGCUGGACCAGGCACCCAGACCACCCCAUUAAGCUGAAGUGGUCUGGGUGCCUAGAGUGGUCCUUUAACUACUACAACAAGCUGUAGUGGUUAUGGUGGUUGAAUUGUUCCUCUAAGAGGGCACUUGUAAUAGAGUGGUUUGUGUGAAAGGCUGAUUAAAGUGUAUGUAAAGUGUUAAUAGAGGAAGUGUAAAUAGAUUAAGACCAAUUUUAUUUAUUUAUAAAAAUCUGGUGUAGUUCCACUUAUGUCCAAUAGAUGGUAGCACUAUUCUUUGACCUAUUACUACGUUUAUUGGCUUUCACUUUUGUUCUCAUUAUUAGGCUUCCUAUACAGUCAGCAUUUAGUGUUUAAUUAAGGUCUAUAUUUACUGACAAACAAAAGGGACGAGGAGAUUAGCUAAUGACAAUGUGAACUGUUAGGGAGUUUAAGCUCAGUGAUAGCAGCAUUCCAAAUGGAUUAAGAGUAAAACUGUGUGCAGUUAACUGAGGGGGGAAAUACGUUUAUGUCAAACUGCAUUAGUAAUUUACACACUAAGCCACAAAGUAGUAAAAUAUCUAAAAUAACGUGAAAAAGGGUAAAAGUAAAAAGUAAAGAGUGAACAAAACAUAUAAAUUAAAAAUAUAAAUGACAGCUUGUCUACUAAUCCUCUCAUACAUUAAUUAAUAUUAACUAUAGAAAUAACCACAGUUUAUGUUAUAUGAUGGAAACGUGUGAUUUGUCAAGAUUUCUAAAUAUUGGCAAAAAUAGAGUUUCCUACAAAAUGUUUCCAGUUCAGCUAUUUGGUCUAAAAUGUGAAAUUGUCUUUGAAUUUCCUUCAGUUCACACUUUUGUGAAUACUAAUACAAGUGAAGCAGGUGCAGAAGGGUACUAAGAUUUAGGGGGGCGCCCACUUCGGGUGACAGGCAACAGGGGGGGAUGCAGAGAGCAGGCAACUGCUGAACAGUGUGCGUUGCUGGAGGGGGUACCGCCGCACGUGGCUGCUCUGCUGCUGUUGAAUGGGGCAUUAGAGUGGAUGUAUAAGAAUGUAUAUGUAUGCAAGUCUCUGUGUGUGUGUGUGUGUGUGAGUCUGUGUACAUAUUUAAGUAUGAGUACAUGAAUCUGAGUCUAUGUUCAUUUAUGAAUUUGUAUAUGAGUCUGUGUGUGUAAAUAUGUUUCAGUAACUUUGUCUAUGAGUCUUAUGAAUGCAUAUCAAUGUGUGUCUGAGUGUACGUGUGUAUAUGGAUGUAUUUGUGUAAAUAUGAAGGUGAAUGUGUACACAUAAAUUAACAACUAACAAAUAGUGUUUGUAAGGUGGGAGCACAGUGAGACAAAUUAUACACUAGUGUGUGUGAUGUGUGUGUGAAUACAUUUCCACACCGGGUACUAUGAAACCUAUACACACCUCUGUCCAGGUGCAUUAGCCUGUUUGCAUUAUUAACCCCUUAAGGACACAUGACAUGUGUGACAUGUCAUGAUUCCCUUUUAUUCCAGAAGUUUGGUCCUUAAGGGGUUAAACCUAGUAUUUACAAAAAUGAGGAAAUUAGGGGUUUAAGCCAACUAGCAAAGUAUAAAAUGCGUACGGACUAGAAUUCAAUCUUUUUAGCGAAAUCAUAAUGAUACAAAAGGCACAGUAGAGCAAUGGUUCAAGCAGAUUUAUAUAUUUGUUAGAAUGCUUGGUUGUAUAGGGAGAGGUAUUAGCAGUAGAAAGAGGGAAGUGCUCAUGCCAUUGCAUAGAACACUGGUGAGACCUCACUUGGAGUAUUGUACACAGUACUGGAGACUGUAUCUUCAGAAGGAUAUUGAUACCUUAGAGAGGGUUCAGAGAAGGGCUACUAAACUGGUUCAUCGAUUGCGGGAUAAAACUUACCAGGAAAGGUUAAAGGAUCUUAACAUGUAUAGCUUGGAGGAAAGACGAGACAGGGGGGAUAUGAUAGAAACAUUUAAAUAUAUAAAGGAAUCAACACAGUAAAGGAGGAGACUAUAUUUAAAAGAAGAAAAACUACCACAACAAGAGGACAUAGUCUUAAAUUAGAGGGUCAAAGGUUUAAAAAUAAUAUCAGGAAGUAUUACUUUACUGAGAGGGUAGUGGAUGCUUGGAAUAGCCUUCCAGCUGAAGUGGUAGAGGUUACAACAGUAAAGGAGUUUAAGCAUGCGUGGGAUAGGCAUAAGGCUAUCCUAACUAUAUGAUAAGGCCAGGGACUAAUAAAAGUAUUUAGAAAAUUGGGCAGACUAGAUGGGCCAAAUGGUUCUUAUCUGCCAUCACAUUCUAUGUUUCUAUGUUUCUAUGUUUCUAUGUUUAUAUACAUCCAUGCCACAUUUUCUCACCUAUCUCAUUAUCCUAUUGUUUUUCCACAGGUCCCAAAACACACGCCACCAUGUCGAGCAAAAAGACCAAAGCAAAGACCACCAAGAAGCGCCCUCAGAGAGCGACCUCCAAUGUGUUCGCCAUGUUUGAUCAGUCCCAGAUUCAGGAGUUUAAGGAGGCGUUUAAUAUGAUUGACCAAAAUCGGGAUGGCUUCAUCGACAAAGAAGAUCUGCAUGAUAUGUUGGCUUCCAUGGGUAAAUGAACAAAGUUAUACUACUACCUAACACAAUAACUACGUACACUUAUGUGUCCCCUUCUUUGGCAAUUGCCAACAGAUUAUUUUGUCCUCCUCAUUUUUGAUAAUUUUCGGAGUAUACCCCAGUAAACACCUUGUAAGAUGAUAAUCUGUUGGCUUCAAUGUGACAUCAACACAACUCCACUUUUGGUGAGAAAAUAUGAAUUUGUACUAUGCACUUCCCUUUGUGGUUAUUAACUACCCAGUGUAACAGAAGAGUUCCACAAAACACAAGAAGGGUCUGCAUAUGACACACUGGGGACUAAAUUCACAGUGUGAUUAUAACAAUGCACAUAUAGUAAGUAAGUACAUCUCUGAUGCCAGACGUUGACUAAACAUAGGAAAGCUGUAACUGUUGGCCAAGUAUUUCAUGUAUUGCUCUAAAUAUUGUUGCCAUUGAUUUAAUUACUAUUAAGGUAUCAACUUUUAUUUAAAUGAACCAUUACUUCCCAGGCUAUUAUGUUCAUGUACCCCUCAAUUUAACAAAUAUUGUCUAGGAGGAGGGAAAACCAAAAUGAAAUGUAGACAUUCACAUCCUAUACAAAACAUAACAACAAACAGGACAACUACAGACAUCAUCACAACCUGCACUUUGAUGACCAUAUAUGAAACAAAUGCUGAAGACAGAGCAAUGUGUGGCAAUCACGUAGAGAAUACCUAACACCAGAAUUCAAAUACAACCAUCAAAAACUGUAUUACACUAUCACAGACAAAAAAAUGUAAACAUACAAAACAAAACAUAUUUUAUGCCUCGGUAGUUUCCUUACAUACAUAAGCCAAAUCACACAUAGUGAGAUACAUACAGUGGAUGAUAAACAAUAAAUUAUACAGUAUUUCACCUAAAUAUUUGUGGGUGUUCCAGGUAAAAAUCCCUCGGAUGAAUACUUAGAAGCGAUGAUGAGCGAAGCACCUGGCCCUAUUAAUUUCACCAUGUUUCUGACCAUGUUUGGAGAGAAACUGAAUGGUACAGAUCCAGAAGAUGUCAUCAGGAAUGCAUUUGCCUGCUUCGAUGAAGAGGGCACAGGUAUGUACACUACAGGGGAAGAACAUUCAAUUGGACAAAUACGAGUUAGAAAUAAUUUCCUAUGAGAUGACAGGAAGGGACAUAAUAGAAAAAAAUGGAAAUUGAGAUCUAUGGUCCAGAGCAAGACAUCACAUAAUCUUUUUGGACCAUAUGUAGAUUUGACUUUUCCAUCACUAUGUUAGAUUUCUUAGUUCCCCACAUCUUUCUGGCUACCAGAAGUUUGUUUGUGGAACAGUAGAUACAGAUUCUCAAAGCAAAUGCAAUACCAAUUUUAGAGCCAGGUGGCGAUAUGCAGUCUACUCUUGAUCUGGAACCAAUCUCAUGAAUCCUUGUAGUCUAGUAACCAACUGGCUUUUGGAACUCUGUGGCAUUAAAUGUAGCCAGUAUUACAAAAGGCAAUAAUAGAAAUGUUUAAUUUCUGCCUAUGUCAUCUAUGUUGCAAAAAAGAAACAAAUAAUUAUGUAAAUAUACAUAAAACUUUUUUUAUUGGACUAACAUAAUACUUAAAAGACCAGCUUUAGAGAGUUUUCCUCUCUCAGGUCAGAAGCAAUAUUGAUGAAUACGACAGAGUUUAACACUUAAAACAAGUGUUGUUAGAGAAGCGGAGCCAUUUAUUGAAAUAUCUUGAUAAAGGGCCAUAAUUUGGACUGGAACAAUGUAACUGCUGCUAAGAUAUUAUUUGGAAUAAGCAGUUUUAAUAUUUGAAAUCCAAGAGUAUCUAACAAGAUUUUUUGCCUAUCUACCUCACUAGAUGUUGUGGAUCCUAGAACCUCACCAGUCUUCAUUUAACUUUCCUCUUCUACUUUACAAUCUUUAUUCAUAGAUUAUGUUCUAUGUUUCUGCCAACCUCCCCAUCUUUGGAUUUCUUCAGUUUAUUUUUGUUAAUCUGUUCUAGCACCCCCCCUAUUUCCCCAUUAGUCAAUUUGUUUUAUCUUGCUUUUCAUAUUUAGUACUCUUAUGUCAAACGUUUCCCCUUACUGUGUCUCCCACUUUAAGGUGCCAUCAAUGAAGACCACUUGAGGGAACUCCUUACUACUAUGGGAGAUCGCUUCACAGAUGAGGAGGUAGAUGAAAUGUACAGAGAAGCUCCCAUUGACAAGAAAGGCAACUUUAAUUAUGUAGAAUUCACCCGCAUCUUAAAACAUGGAGCCAAGGAUAAAGACGACUAGAAUGUGGAUGGCAAAAGCAUGGCAAAGUCCAACAGCUGCAAAAUGUGGAAGCAAUUGUUCUGCCUACAGUAGGACAAUUUUCUUCUCACAUUUUCCAGCUGAUGGUGGAGGGUCUUCUUUCUAGGAAACCCAGGGCAGUGGCCAUAAUUAAGAAAAGCAUUGAAGAAAUGCUUAUGGUACGUGAAGAAAAAAUAAUGACCAAUCGAAGUGUCUGCUUUUAGGGUAAAGUUUUAAGGUCUGGCAAUCAAUUUAAACAGGCCUUAAAGACAAAAUUAAGUAGAUGUCAAUCACUACAGCCUUAGCGCAGACAUAGUGGCUGGAUCCCGUAAGGUACACAAAACCCCCUGUGUUAGAAGGGCAUUGCUAAAUAUUAACCACCCAACGCUGUGUCAUGCAAUGCAUUGACGUCACUUAUAGCCUACUCAAAAGGCAUGUCAUUUUUUCUUUUUAGAGAGUAUUGGAGUCAACCAUGUAAGUCUAGCCCUUGUAACUAGUCAUUCUGUCCGUAAACAUGGUAGCGGUAUCUAGGACUAUGAGACCACUCACCGCCUAUGUCACCUCAGCCGUUCAGAUGUGAAAAUGUCUUAUUUUAAUAUAUACAAAAAAUAAACUAUAUACAUUAUGAAGGAGAUGUGUGAAUGUAAAA